AUGGCAGAAAAAUUAAAUGAUAAUUCAAUCCAGUCUCAUUCAGAUGAGACUGCUCAAGAUUUUAGAGAUAUGGGACUUAAAGAAGAUGUCUUAGCUCUCACCCCUACGUGAGCGAACAAAACCAUUGAAAAAAUCCCUAUUUUUCCCAAAAACCCACACUCUGCAAGGAACAAAAGUCUUGUUAAUAUAACAAUAUUUUAUGAAAAAGAAAUUAAUAUUUAAGUGAAAAUUAUGAUAAUAAAAUCUCUAGAUGCUUGCUUAUUAUAAACAGCUUGCGCUUUAUAACAUAAAUUUUACAAAAUAAAUAAAUAUUUGCUUUCCAUUUUUUCGAAUUAGGAUUAUUUUAAUUUUCGUAAAAAAUUUUUUCUAUAAAAUUUAUAUACUACAAAAAAUUUAACCCUCUGUGAGUGGACAAAAUUUUUUUGUUCGCUCACCGAGGGGGGGAGUAAGAGGGAUCUUUUCUGCUGGCUUCGAAACUCCUAGCAUUGUUCAGCAAAGAACGAUUAAAAUAAUUGCCAAAGGUAGUGAUAUGAUCAUUCAGUCUAAGUCAGGGAGUGGAAAAACUGCAGCACUUAUAAUUGGAAUGCUACAAUUAAUCAAUCCAAACAUUAAUCAGCUACAGGCAAUAAUUUUGGAGCCUUGCAGAGAGAUUGCAAAAGAAACGUAUAGUCAAAUAGCUAAACUUGGGGAAUAUGUAAAUGUCAAAGCACACUCUGUAUUUGGAGGCAUUUAUUAUCGUGAAGAUAUAAUCGUGCUUAAAAAUUGCAUUCACAUAUUAGUUUGUACCCCUGGAAGAAUGCUUGACUAUCUUAUAAAGGUUUUAACUCCUUCCCUUUAAAGAGAAACAAUUUUUUUUUCCAAUUUAAAGAAAGAAAUUUAAUAGUAACGCUGACUAAGAUGGACUCAGAGGCUUAUUCCCUUUAGAACAGGUAAAGCCAUCCCGAUAAAGCUGAAGCAGUCCCUCUGUCACUUUUGAAGUAGGCCUUCGGGCUAGGGGAUGCCUGCCGAAGAAAAAAAUUUCUUUCUAUCCUGAGGAGGUUUUCCUAUCCCUGCCAGGCAGGAUAGACAGGGUUUGCGUCCCCAUUUAGUUUUUGUUUAUCAAGACUAAUGGGGCAUCCGCAAUAGGUUGCUUUAACCUAGGGAACUAUUCCUUAUGUUAGGCGGGUUUACGUUAGAUACUCAGGCUAGGACUAGUCCACUUAUGGCCUUAUAACACCUAACUUAACUUGACUUAGAAAGGAUUUGAUUUCUGCAAGCGGAGUUAAAAUAUUUAUUUUAAAUAAAAUAGAUGAGCUACUCACAACAGGAUUUAAAGAUCAGAUAAUUGAAAUCUUUCAAUUUUUGCCUGAAAGUGCUCAAGUCUGCUUCUCUUCUUCAACAACAAUACCAUCAGACGUGUCUGAAAUGGCAGAAAUAUAUAUGAAAAAUCCAGUUAUAAUCACAUUAAAAAUUAAUGAAUUGACCUUGGAUGGAAUUAAACAGUAUUAUAUUCAGUCAGAAGUAGAAGCUAAAUUUGCUAUUCUUGAAGAUCUUUUGAAUGCAAUGCAAAUAUCUCAGGCUGCUAUUUUUUGCAACACAAAAAUAUCUUUAGAGACGUUAGUUCAAUCAUUUCAGGAUUCGCAUUACAGUGUAUCAUUUCUUCAUAGCGACAUAGACGAUCGUCAAAAAGAAGUUGCUAUGAGAAAUUUCAGAACUGGGUCAACUAGAAUACUUAUUGCAACUGAUUUAAUUAGAAAUUUUAUUGAUAUUUAUCCAAGCGUUUUCAUACAUUAUGAUUUUCCAUUCAUUUUUGAAAAUUAUAUUACUAGAGUGGGAAGAUCAGGAGCAUAUGGCCAUAGAGGGCUUUCAAUUUGUUUUAUAACUCAAAGCGAAUUUCAGUUUUUAAAAGAAUUGGAGAGUCAUUUUUCAACUAUUAUUGAAGAACUGCCAAAUGAUGUUUCUAGUUUACUAUAA